AUGGCCGAUCGUGACAGCUUCGAGGCCAACCCUCCGGCGGAGUUUCUCGCCUUGUCGGUAGUGGACCAGAAGUCGAAGCUCAAACGACGCCGAGAGAUUGAGUCGAGAUGGAAUUGCGACAUCCGAGACUGCAUGCCUCUGGAGAUCCGUCCAAGGGUGGCGGCCAUGGGUAGAGGAGCGGCGAAGGCAAAGAUUAGAGAGAAUGUCCCGGUGAAGCCGUGGUGGCAGUGCAGUGUGCGCUUCUUGACGAAACUCGGGAAAAUCGCUGAAAUGACGGUGGACGAUUUGGACUACGCUCAAGAUCUCAUGACUCUGGAGGUCGAAGAACGUCAGAGACGUAUGGGAGCUUCUUCUUCGGUGGCGGAGAUUGUGCUGCAGGACCUUGAUUGCAUCAUAAAGGCAUUGCCGAAGACGCACCAAACUGGCAACCAGAAAACUCCCUCAAUAUACAGUGAUGACGACAGUGAUCUUCAACAGACAGAGGAAACACAAGAGAUCGCACCCCAAGCUCAUCAAAGCAUUGAAGGAGAAGAUGGCGGGGAAGCCAGUCUGGCYGUCGAGACAGAGGUCGGGGAGCAGAACAUCGACAAAAUCUCUUCAACUCCACACAAGCGCCAAAAGCUGGCUCAGCCUGCCAGUCUACUGUCAAAGAUUGCCGCUCUACGGGGCAAGGCGAUGCGACGUGAGCACGAGUCUUACAAGCUGCAAGCAGAGGCGGCGAUGCUCAACUCAGAGGCAGCAAAGCUUGAGGCAGAAGCAUACGAGCACGAAUCCAGCUGGAUCCUCCAAAAGACUGAUUAA